CUAUGGUAUUUUGGUGGAAACUUGGGUUACUGUGCUAAAUUUUCCUCAGUGAUGUUAGCUGCUAUUGGAUGUUUAGUGUUAACGCUCAGGUCUGUCUCUAAAUGUAUUAUCGCUGUUUUCAAAUGCUGUGCAGAUGUGGGCAGAGGAAGUGACGAAGGCCGAGCAGGACCUGAAGUUGACACAGAGUGAGUUUGACAGACAGGCAGAGAUCACCAGGCUUCUUCUGGAAGGAAUCAGUAGUACGCAUGCCCAUCAUCUCCACUGUCUUAAUGACUUUGUGGAGGCUCAGAUGACAUAUUACGCCCAGUGUUACCAGUACAUGGUCGACCUCCAAAAGCAGUUGGGAAGCUUCCCUUCGGCUUUCUCUUCCAACAACAACCAGUCAACAGCCGGCGCCGCAGCCAGUGUCUCUGUACCCAUCCUGCCGCUCUCAGCCCCUCUUCCUGCCACCACAACCAAUGCGUCUUCAGGUUUCACCGAGCUGCAAAACUUCAGCGGGAGCCGUAAAGCGCGGGUGCUCUACGAUUACGAUGCAGCAGGCAGCAACGAGCUCUCCUUAUUGGCCGAUGAGGUGAUCAUGGUGAGCAGCGUUCCAGGCAUGGACUCUGAUUGGCUGAUGGGUGAACGUGGAAAUCAGAAGGGAAAAGUGCCCAUUACUUAUUUGGAGCUACUAAAUUAAGAGAAAAAAAAAACAAGUGUUGCUGGAAACAGAAACGUAUAGUGUAUUCCAGCUGUGCUGCGUACCGUAUAUGCAACCUUGACAUCUUGUGCUGCUUACAUGCAACAGUAUUUUAUUGGAUGUGACAUCUGGCAGUCCCAGAAAGGGAAGAGGUUCUAACCGGACGAGUGUUUACAAAUGAAUUAAUGCAGAAUUUUUUUUUAAUGCUUUUGAUGUGACAUGCCUAUAUAUUAUACAAAAAUCAAGCAAGAGUGUCUUAGAGUAUUUACAUGUGUUUACAACAAGAAAGUGUUAGUCAAGUCACCUUUAUUUAUAUAGCGCUUUAUACAAUACAGAUUGUCAAAGCAGCUUUACAGUGUUAAAACAGGAAAAACAUGUGCCGAUAAUGCAAGAGCACAAUAGAAAACAGUCAGUUUAUCAGUUAAAAAGACUGAUUGUCAUUUUUCUGAA